GUAUCGAAACUAAUAAUAAUAUGCCUUUAAGUGAACUUCUCUUCAUUUUUUCUAAUUAUACGUUUCCUGUAAACCAGACUUAUGCAUUGUUCAUUAUCAAAUAUUUUUCUCCUUAAAUUUCUCCGGUGUAUUUUUUAAAGUGCAAGCUGCCAGAUUGUGUCAGUGAGAGUUACACCUUUCAGUUUUUGUUUCCCGGUAGUCUGUAACAUUAAGGAAGCAGCAGGCUUCUUAGACUAACACAAAAUGGCUGUGGACGAUAUUAUCGGCUAUGCCAUGAAGAUCCUUUGCUCGAAUGGAGGAUCGCUAGAAUAUAAACAACUGAAAGAUGGGGUUGAACAUUUGAAAAUUCCAGAUUCGGUUUUUUCUCGGAUUCUCAGGAAUAGCAGGAACUUCAUCAUAGUCCCAACUACAGAGGACACAAAAACGAGCCGUGAUCUUAACUUCAACACUAAAAUAAUUGCUAGAACUUCAGUGCGUCUCUGUAAAGACUAUUCUGGAGAUGGCUGUGGUGGUUGUAAAGGAGUUCAUAUUUGCAAAUCUUUUCUUAGUGGGAAGUGUGGGAAUCAAAGGGGGACGUGCCAGUAUUCACAUGACCUGCAUUCACCUCAUAAUUUACAAGUCCUCAGGGAUAAUCAGCUUCUUGACCUGAAUAUAGAUGAACUGUUCCUCUUACUCUUCCAGAAUGACCCCACCCUUCUGCCAGAGGUAUGCAUGCACUACAAUAAGGGAAAUGGAGAAUUCGGUUGCUGCUCCUUCAAAGGACGCUGUAAGAAGCUCCAUCUCUGUCUCCACUUUCUACAAGGCAACUGCAAGUUUGGUGCUGCAUGCAAGAGGUCCCACUCCAUCGAUGAAAGAAUACAUAAUGUUUUGAAGGAAAGCGGUCUAAGUGUACAUCUCAUAAAAAAGUUACCUUUAUUACUGUGCAAUAAUCACAUAAUUAAUAAGGAGAAGAGCAGCACUGAAGGAAAAAACAUGUUUGAAAAAGAAUUUCCACUCAGUAAAGUGACUGGCAUGGAAAUUUGUCUUUUUCACAUCCGGAAACAAUGUACUUAUAAAGAUAAAUGUCUUAAUGUCCACUAUACUCUUCCCUACAAAUGGGAGAUCUUCAGUGGUCUUUCUUGGACAGAGCUUCCCAAUAUGGAGAAAAUAGAAGAAGCAUUUUGUAACCCAGAAAACACAAAAAGUUAUGGGUCCCCAGCUGUGGACUUCCUGACGAUGACCCAGAGAUCAUCAAAUGUCAGACGUCUCUCCACAGUGUCCUCUGUCACCAAACCUGCACACUUUAUUCUGACCACUAACUGGCUUUGGUACUGGAAGGAUGAAUAUGGAAAAUGGAAUGAAUAUGGAAAAGAAACAUCCACACAUAAUGCCUCAUCAGUCACAUCUGAGAUGAUUGAGAAAGCUUUCUUAGAAGAUGGAAACAGUAUUCUCACUUUCAGUGCUGGAAAGCAUCAGUAUACCCUUGAUUUUAAAAACAUGCAUCAACAGAACCAGAGCCUUCAGACACAACGAGAGGUGUGCAGAAGACCAAAAUUUAUUUCUGUUCAAGAUGUGGAAAGAAUAUUAAAGAGUGAAUCUUCUGGGACUCCAUCCUUUCCAGUUAAUUGGGACCCAACUGCUGUGCCUGGAUGUGGAUUCAAGUUAGUUCCAUUGUCCAUCUCUUCAGAAGAGUUCAAUGAUAUACAAAAUCUGUUCAAGAAAACCAUGCCAAUGGCUGACAUCCAUACAAUUGAGAGGAUCCAGAACCUGCAUCUCUGGGAAGCAUUUCAAAUGAAAAAGCAGGUGAUGAAGAAAAGAAAUGGAGGGAUAGAUGUGGAUGAGCGAUGUCUGUUCCAUGGCACAAACAAGUCUUAUAUUCAUGAUAUUUGUGAGCAAAACUUUGAUUGGAGAAUUUGUGGAAAACAUGCCACAGCAUAUGGGAAAGGAAGUUACUUUGCAAGAGAUGCCAAGUACUCACACCACUACACUGACCACUCCUCUGUCCGUGCCAUGUUUGUCACCAGGGUUCUAGUGGGCACAUUUGUAAAAGGUUGCACUGAAUAUCUGGUUCCUCCCAACAAACCUGGCAGUACCAGCACGAAUGACAGCUGUGUUGAUAACCCCAAUGACCCUUCAAUUUUUGUGAUCUUUGAAAAGGAUCAGGUGUAUCCAGAAUACAUUAUACACUACUCCCAGGGAUUGAUCAAUGAUGGAAUAGUUAAAAAACCACAGCAACAAACUUUAAAUCAGUCCUCCUCAUAUCAGACACAAGUUCCACAGGCUCCAAAGUCUCCAGGAAGUGCAACAUUAACUUCAAAGCAUCCGAUGUCAUCACCACCACCAACAGAUUCAACUUGUACUAUACUUUAGUGACAUGUUGUCAUUUUAAUAUAAAAGAAAUGUAAAUGCUGAAAUUAUGCUGAUCACCAUGAAAAUGUACAGUAUAUGCGAUAUACAGUAUGUGGUGGAUUUAUUGCACUUGUCUUCUGUAGAAGCUGAAAUCAUCUUGUGAUGAAAUAUUGUGAAAUGAUUCAGCUAAUAUUUUUCUGUUUAGAGAAACAAUACAACAUAGCAAGUAUAUAAACCAUUACCUAAAUGUAAAAUGGAUUUCUUAGCUCUGUACAGUUUCUGAAAAGGUUUCACCACACUGCCUACUCUCCGGAAUCUUCACCCUAAAUCUUUAUCUACUGUAUGCUCUCCAUUGCCUUCUUUUGCAUUCAGUAAGGAGAUGAUGCUGAGCUUCUCUAUGUGCUAAAUGCUGAACAAGAGAAUGUCUCCAACAGCAGAGAAAUGCAAAUUGUAUCAAUUGUAUGCUAAUUUUUGUAUAAAAUCAAGCAAGCUGAAAUUUGGUCAAUACAAAAUAGCCUCCUGAAAUUAGUAAUUUCCAUUAGACACAAAAAAUCAAUUUUUAAUCUUCUAAUAAGUAGCAGAAGUCCCAUCAGGGGAUACAUACUGUAUUUGUUCAUUGGCUUUAUACACAUUGGAAAAAUGUAGGGAAAGUAGAAGUCAAGAAUAUUAAAAACGUCAACUGCAUUGUUCUAAUUAAUUUCUUAGAAAACUUUAACAAGAAGCAUAUGGCACCAUGCUAAAGAAGAGGUAGGCAAUGCUUUUUAAUUAUUUUAUAAAUUACAGAAGGCAGGUCUGCUUCCCUUUGCUUUAACAUUUCAAAUAGAAAUAGAAUGCAUGAGAUCUGCUCACUCUGCCAUUACUUUCUUAGUCCUUUUUUAGAAAAGCCACUUUAUCAGUGCAGUAGAUACCAUAAGUGCCUGUCACAAUCCAGCCUUAUUCUCUUAAAAGAAACAUUAUGUAAUACUACUGAAAUUAUCUUCAUCCUCAAUUACACUGACAUGUUAAAGCACCUCUCUUGUACUUACUGUAGAUAUACAGACUGUUCCACAAAUUCACACACGAGGAAGGCUCCACAGCCAAAACGUUGUGUUCCUUUCCUUCUCUUUUCAGCAUGGAAUAAACCUUUACUUGUUUCUUCAUAAAUACACUAUGUCUUAAUCCUACCUGAGCAUAACUAGAUUUGAUAAUGUACAUCUUUGUUGCUUUAAAUGCUAAAAAUAAAAGAUGGAUUACAAACAA